GCAAAAUCGGAGGCUAAAAAUUUCUGGUUUUAGUUUUCUACCACUUUGCGUUCUAUCGUCAUUGCACGGGGACCGGCAAUCGCCACUCUCAUUUAUUGCACCUGCCUUUACCACCACUCAUGGGAGGUUCUCAUUACUCAUCUUGUAGUAGUUGAUUAUUCGCCGCAUCUUGAGCUCUCCGUAGUCACCGAUCCUAUAAGAACAUACCUGCCGCCGCGCCAUAUAGUUCUCGGAACUCGCGCUGUGAUCUCUCUCUUCUCUUCCUUCGAACGGCGGAUCUCUCGUUCCUGAGGUGCUUUCUGAAGAUAACCUUGACAUUUUCUUAUCUCUAAGAAAAUCCAUUGCGCAGCCGACGAAAAUGAGAGUUUUCUCCUCGACGUGCACUUUCGACUAUUCAUGGGAGGAAGUCUCUGCGGCAAACUGGCGCAAGUACUGUCCGUGGAACGACAAAUCGACACAUGUUGUGGCAGUAGACACCUUGUCUCGGGUUGUCGACGCGGAAACUGGCAUCCUGCGCACGGAGCGUCUUAUCACCUGUAAUCAAUCAGUGCCACAAUGGGUGCUGUCGCUAUUCGGAGGAAGUCCUACGUCUCAUGUUUACGAAGUGUCAUAUGUUGACCCGAGCUCCAAGAAAGUUACGAUGUGCUCAACCAACCUUACGUGGUCCAACGUCCUCAACGUCAGGGAAACAGUUGUCUAUCAGCCGUCUUUAUCCAACCCCCCAUCAACCACGGACUUUAACCAAGAGGCGAAGAUCACCGCCCUGUGUGGCGGGUGGCAAAAAAUAAAGAACAAGGUGGAAGAGGCCAGUGUGGAGAGGUUCAGCCAGAACGCAAAGAAGGGCCGAGAAGGGUUCGAAGCGGUCCUUGAAAUGAGCCGACGAGUCUUCAGCGAACAACGUGAUAUUGACAGCAAUAGGCUUCAGUCCUGACUUGGAGUGUCCUUUUAUCUACGGAGUAUCGGCGCACAUCAUAUAUUUUGUGCUAUUUCAGCGGUUGCAUUGAUUGGCGUCUCUCUUUCUAACCCCCACUUCGAAACUUCUCAUCUACUUGUCUUCCAUGAAGCGUUCUGCCCUAUGGAAUUCCCUCUGCGCGAUAUUCUCGACUACCCUCUACCCGUGAUUCCUUCUGAUGCUCUGGAUUCAGCUUCUUUUGUCUUUGCUUAUCAGUGGCGGUUCCUGUUUUCAUCGUUGAAGCAUGCGUAACUGAUGAGACAUGUACCAUAAAAGUUAUAGACUUUUUUUCUGCAUCUGCUUGCGGUGUUUUUUACGGUGAUAUGAUCGUAUGAUAUAGUGAGGCAUGCAGAUGAUAUACUGUGUAUAUCUUUUUACCAUCAACACCUUAGCCUUAAUGUGGGAAGAUGUAUGUGAG